GUAUCGAGUAUGUGAUUAUUGGCAGAGUCGAUCUAUCAAUGCACAAUUACCCAGAUUUCUCUAUAACAGCCGAAUGAUAAAUGCAACAACCAUUUAUCCCGAGAAGUUACCCAUUGAGCGAAGAAUCGUGUCAUCUGUUGGGACCGCAAAUUUAUAUGAAUGUGCAGUAGCGUACGCUUUGUAAUACGUGUACCCGCGCACUCGCGUUUAUUAAUUUUUUUUCUAACUGAAAACUAGAAUGUGACGUUUGGUAAAAGUACUCCAACAAAAUUCGGCAAAGUUACACGCCGCGGCGGCAGUAUCAGGACAGAUUGGAAUACAAAGAGAUGGAGAACAACUCGGGUAAUAAAGCGAAAUCUUCCGUCCGAACGCUGCUGCGACGUGUACCUGUACACAUAUCUCGAACGUCGGAGCGUGUCUUUUAUGAACUCGGACUUCGUAUCGCACAACGUCCGGCCAGAUGGCUUGCCGGAAGUACGGUUGUGGUUCUAUUUUGCCUCGCGGGACUUCUGUGUUUCCGACAAGAGAAGAACCCUCUCAAACUCUGGGUACCUCCAGACUCCGAUUUUCUACGAGACACGGAAUGGAUCAUGGAGAAUUUCGGCCAGGGAUUGAGAGUUCAAACCUUAAUUAUGACCGGUGAAAACGUCUUGGAGCCUCGGGCGCUUAUGAAGCUGAACGAAGUGACGAGCCGUAUAUUAAAGUCACACGCAACCACUGGAGGAAACACGUCCUGGACAGAUGUGUGCUUAAAGAUUCCCGUAAUUCCCAAAUUCGUACGGACGCUUCGUAAAAUCAACUCGCCAGACAAUGUUGGAGACUAUUUCUUCGACGAUGAACAAGACGAAUCUGAGAAUGAGGAUGAGGAUAGCUUCGGUAUAUUGUCGUGGAUACCGACUAGCGUGUACUGCAACAUGUAUAACUCGUUCGAAAAGAGCUGCUACCUGAAGAGCAUUCUGGAUGUAUGGAACUUUGACGAUGCUACAAUGAGUAACUUGACAACAGAUGAAAUUGUCCGCAGUAUAAAAACUGUAAAGACCAGUCCCAGUUUGGGACAUAAAAUGAAUUACGGUGAACUCUUAGGCGGCAUAAUCAGGGAUGAUACUGGACGGAUAAUCGGUGCAACGGCGGUAAAAACCCAAUGGUUUUUAAAUGUGAAUUUUUCAGCGGUUGACAUGGACAAAAUUGGCAACGACGUGGGAACUGCCGACUGGGCAACGGAAGACGUUUUAGAAUGGGAAAAAGUCUUUUUGGAAGCAGCCAAGGAUGAAACUGACAAGCUUCGACUGGAAGAACGGAUCAUAGAAGGAGGCCUAGCUCUUUGGUAUGAAGCCGGCAGGAGUUUUGGGGACAUUAGCUCGUCAGCGAUGUUUCAGGACAUCGCGAAACUCAUUGGCGGAAUAAUGCUGAUGUCGCUUUACGUUCAAGUUAUACUUUCGAGAUUCAACUGGGUCGAGUGGCGCUCCUGCCUGACCAGCGCGGGGCUGAUGUGCGUAGGUGGAGCCUUCAUUAUUGCCGUGGGAAUUUGCUCCUUGGCCGGAGUUCCUUACGGACCAGUUCACACGUCCUUGCCUUUCAUGCUAAUGGGUCUCGGGGUGGACGACAUAUUCGUCAUGAUGGCAGCCUGGGACCAGCUCCAUUCCAACGAGCAGAAUCAUGUCCGUCCGGUGACCGAGAGAAUAGCACUGAUGUUGAGCCACGCUGGAUCGUCGAUAUUCAUAACGUCUUUGACGGACGUAGUUGCCUUUGUCAUAGGCGCGUCGACGAUCCUCCCGUCUCUUCAAUCCUUUUGUAUUUACGCAGCGGUCGGUGUCUUUGUUACCUUCCUUUUGCAAAUCACAUUUUUCGUUGCAUUUUUUACCCUCGAUACGAAACGGAUCGAGGCCAAGAGGAACGGGAUUCUACCGUGCAUAGUACACAGCGUUUAUCAGCCGCGGACCAAAAACGAGGAUCGCAUCUCGUGGCGUUUCACAGGCUUUCUGUAUUCCCGCGGAAUAUUAACAAGGUGGGGAAAACCCGCGGUGCUGGUGAUAACCGCCGGUAUUGCAGCCUUCGGUAUAUACGGCUCGACGUGUUUAGAGCAGCAUUUUGAUCCCGAGUGGUUUCUGCCGGAGGGAACAUAUCUGGCAGAAUAUUUGGACCAAUUCAAACAACACUAUCCCGAACAGGGCCACGAGGGAUUUAUCUUCAUGGGAGAGCUCGAUUACGUCUCCAAUUUUCCCAAAAUUUUACAACUAUGCGAGACGUUGAAAAGCUUGGACAUUUUGCAAAAUAUUGAUCAGUGGCCGGUGAAAUUUGCCCGGUUCGCGAAGAACCAAUUAUACGUUGAAGAUUUAUCAAAAGUGGACGAGUCAUCGUUCAGGAAUUACCUAUCGCAGUUUCUCUUCAGUAAGUCGGGCGGAAAGUAUCAAACGAACUUCCGUUUCGCAGGGAACCUAAGUUGCGGUGAGCCGGCGCCAAAAAUAUUGAUAUCGAGUAUGGAAUUUAUCUUCGCGAAAUUCCACGAUCCCAAGGAAUGGCUCGGUGCGAUGGACGGUCUAAAAGAGAUCUGCUCUGGUUCGGGAAUCGACGGGUUCGUCACGGUAUGGAGCAAGGUGUUCGCGACCUGGGUUACGGACAAGGCGAUAUCGCAGGAGGUAACCCGGAACCUGAUCCUCGCGCUGAUAUGCGUGAUGGGAAUGACGGCUGUGCUGGUCGCGGAGCCUCAGACCUGCUUCUGGAUCUUCUUGUGCGUGCUUCUGACCCUCGUCGACGUUUGCGGUCUGAUGUAUUACUGGGGUUUGACCAUUGACAUAGUGUCCUGCAUCGGUCUCGAGCUCGCCGUGGGAUUGAGCGUCGAUUACGCCGCCCACGUUGCUCACUCCUUUCUGAAUUCGGCGGUGCCGGACGUUGGUGGAAGCAGAGUUCCCCGGACUAUAAGCGCCGUUAAACACAUUGGAGCAGCGGUUGUUUACGGCGCGGGAUCAACUCUGCUCGCGUUAUCGCUGCUGGCCACAUCCGAGGCUUACGUAUUUCGCUCGUUUUUUAAAAUAUUUUUCCUAGUUGUUACAAUCGGUCUGUGGCACGGUUUGAUGUUCCUACCAGUUGUGUUCAGCGUUAUUGGUCCCCGAGCUUUGCGCUACGAUAGUGGAGACGACACGAGCAAACAGACUGUACCGAAACCUUGGAAAACUGUACAAAACGAAAUCGACUUGAACAAGGGUGAUGUGCGGGGUGAAGCGGAAACCGAACUCAUGUCACCGGUUGAGAAUAAUAAGGAAUAAUUUUAUCGACAAUUGUGAUGUAGAUGGAGGAAAAGAUAAAAAUUUGCACCGGUUCAUAUCAAUACAAGUAAAAAAUGACGUGACAUACACGCGGCACUGUGCAUCUUGUUAUAUUUUUAAUAUCGAUAUGAAUGUAUUCUUUAUCAAUAAUAUUUAUUUUUUGGUUCAAUAAACAUACAAAAUUAUUA